AUGGCCGAUAACAUGAAUGCGAUUCUAAUCAAAUGUCCUAAAAAUAGCUCAAACAAAUCUUGCGAGACGCAGUUAAUUAUUAAUAUUCAUAUGAAUCCAAGUUUUGACAUGGAUAAAACAGAUAAGUUUUGGGUAGUCAAUAAAGUAUAUGAGCCAUCGAAAGGAACGAUUUCUAAAAUAAUGUCUCCAUAUUUAAUAGUGGUCAGCAGGGGAGAGCCAGUUGUUAUGUACCCCCUUCAGUUUUUAAAAACAAUAAAUCAUGAUGAAAUUGGAAAUAUUAAGGAUUCACCAUCUUGUAAGCCCGAUGAACGCCAACUUGAACCAAGUAUCGAACUUGGAAAUACAUCAAGAUCGAAAAGAAAUUACCUACCAGGCUAUGCCAGGGGAAAAUCAAUAAUUUCACACUUUCUAUCUAAUAAAAGGCAAGAUAGGCCAAGACAAAUUUGGCAAAGCGAUAAACAUUAUAAUGAUCAACCUCCAAAGGACAUUUCAAGUCUGGGACUAGUUCAAGUUAUGGAUCCAACAAAUGAAAAGAACCGCUUGGAAACUCCUACUCAGUUUAUGCAUUUCAAUAAAGAUAUAGGGAGUAACGAUUAUGAUGGGCUGGAAAACCAAAUAAAGUCGCAUCAAAAAUAUAACCAGGAUAUGGAAUUUGAAGAUCGGUCGAAGAGUAAUCAAAUUGAAAACGAACUUAGGGAGAACGCCUUAGACGACAAUGAUAUACAAUUUUCAAAUAUGGAUUUAAAAAACCAUAAGCAACAACAUAUUGAAGGCAGGCCCAACGAACUACAUAAAAAUAUGGACAUUUCAGAUUUUGAAUCGAUACCUGACAAUCUUUUAUAUAAACAAAUGGUACAGUCUGAGAAACGAAAACAUAUUCCCGAAAAAAAUGAACAUGAUUUCAAAGUACCUGAUAAAAGUGUGUUUAAUAAGAAUGAUUUUCAAUAUGACAAAAUUAACGAAGAUUUUCAUUACAAGUUAUCUUCUAAUAGUCUCUCCGAUUUAAAUGACAUGUCACAUGAAAAUGAAUAUGAGCACUUAAAGAAAAAACAUUUUCCAGUUGAAAAGAAAGAAAAUGAUAUAAAUAAUCAUAUGACACUUGCGAAUGGUAAAUCAAAUGGAUAUGAUUUUCCACUUGGAAAGAAAAAUGAAAAAAAUUACUUAAAGUCAUCUAACAGUGAUCUUUUCAAUGCAAAUGAUUUUUUUCAAACAAAACCUUUUGAAAAUGCACAGAAAAGUAAAAAGGAUAACUUAAAUUCAAGGGCACCGGUAAAUGAUCUGUCCAGUGUCAAUGAUUUUCCACAUUCCAGGGAAAACAAGAAAAAAGGGUUCCAGGCCUCAACCCAUAGUCUUCCCGAUUUUAACGCAUUUUCCAAUGAAAUAUAUAAAAAUGAUUUUAAUUUUAAGGCGGAAAAGCCAAAUAAUCCUGGCCAUAGUAAGUCCACAGUAAAUGAUUUCGCAAGUGAUAAAGAAAAACUGAAUUCAAAGAAUAGGUACAGCUUUAAUGAAUUUCCACUUGAAGGAAAAUAUGAAUAUUCAAGUUUACCUGUAAACAAUGUUGAUGACUUUUUGUGGGCCCAAACAAACACUGCAGACGAUAACCUUGAUUCCAUUGUAAACCACCAUAUGAAACAAAAACUUUCAAAUAAUUUUGAUUGGAAUUCUAAGUAUUUUAUGCCAGAUGUAAAUGGGUACUCACAUGGAAUGGAUACAAAUUACUUAAAAUAUAAAACAGAAGAUCCAUAUGAACUUGGAAGUCUAUCUAAAGUAAAUGAUUUCGCAAAUCAAAAAUAUUCCGAUUUCUUUUCCAAACCUAUAAUAAAACCAUUUUCAACUUAUCCAAAAACCAAUUAUUAUAGAUCUUUGCCCCAUUCAAGAUCAAGAAAGGCAAAAAGGAUUAAACGAAGUAAGAUCGAAAUACAAGAUAUUUUUAAUCAUGAUGGAGAACCCUAUGAGUACGAUCUUAAUUCUUUAAAAAUGUUGCAUUUAAAAAAGAUAGAUGACAAUGGAGAAAUUCCAUGCGAUACUUGUGGUGGAAAAAAUAAAAAGAAGGAUGAAAAGCCCCGAACAAUGUAUAGCAGUGUUUUGGAAGAGCCAAAAGGACGUGAGAGUAAAAUAGAGGAUGAUCUAUUUAAAAUUAAUGACAUUGUUCCAUGCGAUACUUGCGGAGGUAAAAAUAAAAAGCCUGGGGGAAAAUCUUUACCUGGUGGUCUGCAAUCUGAAAUUAAAUCGUUAGAAAUUGAAAGCGAACAAGAUUAUAUGAUACCAUGUGAAAAGUGUAAGGGAACCAAUAAAUGUAACGAAGGAAAUUACGAAUCUCAAUCAUGUGGUUGCUUAACUAAUCCCAGCGUAUGUAAUUGCGAAUCAUCUAAGCCAUCCAGGGCCUUAAACAAUAGCACAAAGGACGACUUUAGCUAUACAGUUUUUAAUAUGAAAAAUCCUCUACCGUUUCUAACAACUAAGCUACGGGUUUUUAGGAGGCGGCACAACACUUGGUGGAGGGUCGUUCCAAUAAUAACGCUUGAUAGUAUGUCAGGAAUUUAUGCAAAUAAGGAUUUGUCUGCUGUAUUUACCUCCCAUGUCGAUAUGAUUCGCUUGGAGAAAUCUUCGAGCUUUACAAACCAAAAACUUGUUGUUCCCAGAACAAAUGAUUUUAAUAAAAAGAGACAUUUGAAUACUUUAAAGGAAUUGCAAAACAACAUUGUUAAUAGUUUUCUAAUUGAUACUUCGAAUAAGGACGUAUCGAUUCGUGAAAUAAAGAACUCUGUUAAUUUAAACAUGAAGAGGGAUGGAAAAAAAUCGGUGUUAUCAACGAAAAGCAUAGAUGCCUUGGGAUAUUUUCCAGUUUCCAUGAAUGCCUUAGAGAAUUGUCCCCAUAAAGACAAACAUCUUUGUCUAAAUAUUCGGGAGGAAAAAGUACCAGAAUUCAGUAUAAAGGUUAAGAUUCCCUUUCGAGAAAAUGCCCUUGUUAUCAGAAAUAAACAUAUAGUUAAAAUAUCACGAAUUGUUACCGACGCCACCACAAAAGAUGCGCUUCAAAUUUCGAUCGAUGUGAUUAACAAAGGAUUUGAGGCACAGGAAUUUUCCAUAUUUGUUUCCAACUGUGAACUAUCGAAAACUGCCUCAAUUAAAACGAGUGCCAACAAAUUAUUGCAGCCCGAUAUUGGUCAAACAGUCACAUUUUUAUUGCCUUUAAUAACAGGCUCGAGGAAAAACCAUAAAUUUAGCUGUGAUGUGGUUGUUAAGGCCAAUUCUUUCCAAGACUUUGAUGAAAUGGAUAUCAAUAUACAAAAACGAAAUGACCUUAAGGUUGGAGUUAUUGCCAAGAGAUCAAUGGACAUUAAAUGCCACUCAAGGUGCUUUUGUGUUUGGCGCUGCCGAUGCCACUGCAUUGGAAAAUUGGAGACUUUUAUUAACUAUAAUGUUUGUGAAAGAAUGGAUUCUAAGUCGGAAAAAGAAGCUGGCUUAAUUUACAAUUGUCCUCCGGGUAAUGAAAAAAAGGAUGUGUGCAUCAAGGAUAUUUCGAACGAACGCAACGACGGCAACAAAACAUGCAAUCUUACUUGCCAAAUUUUGGCCAUUACAUUGCUCGUUUUGAUUUUACUAUUUUUGUUGGGUCUUUUAAAAGCUUUUCUUGGUAUCUGUUCUCAAACAAUAGGUAGAUGUGGUUUCGACUCUGUGCAACCUGGAAGAACAUAUGAAUCCACUUCUGGAACAAGAACAUUUUUAAUAAAUUGUUUCUUUUUUAUUAUAUAUCCCUUUGCAUGUUGGUGUACGUUAUUCCGGCCAAAGGCAAAGGACAUUAUGGAUGCCACCUCCGAUUGGUAUUUUAAUUCCAAGUCUGAGGAUGAAUUUGAGUGCAGCUGUGAAUCAAACAAUUCAAGUAGACAAUGUCGACUUCAUGGUGGCCAGGAUCAAAAACUGCACAACGAUUUAGUGCUCGCCUUUGCACCACUCCACGAAAAUGGUUUAUUCAAAGAUGAGAAAUCAGAUGACGAGGAGAGUCAUUUGUUUAUUUUAGAAGUACUAGAGGAAAGCAAAAAUUCAUUAAAUAAAAUGAUGAGUCAGGCUUCAGAUCCCUCGCAAAAUGUUGAGCAAAGUAGGGAAAGUAGUAUGGAUGCCAUAGCUGCCGAAGAAACAGUGGAUAGUCUUAAGAACUCGCAGAUAGUCUAUAGAACAAUGAGUUCACCAGUUGGUGGCGUAAUCGACAUACCAGACAACUAUCGAUACUGUGUGAAAGGUUUCUUUCUAACAACUGUCAAUUCCACUUAUGAAUUUAUGAGCUAUCAUCCAUUAACUCAGUUCUUGGGAGUCUCAGAAGAGAACGAAGUAAGAAGACUUCCACAACCUCAAUAUGUCUACUCAGAUGAAUUCUCUAAGGUAUAUGCUGAUAAAACGGAGGUCCAUAAGGCAGGAGAUCUUUCAGUGGUUCCCCCCUUAAAUGUACCUUGUAUAAACGUCGACCGUUGGAACAUGUUGGAGAAUUCCUUUGUCAAACUUUCAGCACAACAGGAGCAGUUAAAAGCGAAUAAGAAGGAAGAAGAAAUUUAAAUAUCUCCAUAAUUUUGUGUUAACAA